GCAGUGUUCAACUUAAAUUAACUUUAAUUUGUGGCAAUCCGAAAUCUUUUUUCAGGUACACGUAGAUGGAUUGGUUCUCGAUAAUCAUCCUACUGAUUUUACUUUGGGCAGCUUCUCUAUGCAUUACUAUUUAUGCGUGGUGUUUUCCAGCCAGGGAUGCAUUUCUAUCUAAUGGUGAAGUUGCUUGCAAGAAAAAGGUCUUGCUGGUCAUAGCCCACCCGGAUGAUGAAUCUAUGUUUUUCCUACCAGUCAUUCUUUACUUGACUUCAAAAGGACAUAAUCUUCACCUUCUAUGCAUGUCAACAGGUAACGUAGAUGGCAAGGGAAACAAUAGAAAGGAAGAGCUUUACCAGGCGUGUGCUGUUCUCAAGGUUCCACUUCAACAUGUGAAGAUCUUGGACCAUCCGGAUUUACAGGAUGGAUUUAACAAGAUCUGGAGCCAUAGAUUACUGGCAAAUAUUGUUAAAGAAGAAGUUUCAAGUCAAAGCAUUGACUUGAUAAUUACUUUUGACAAUUAUGGAGUUUCGGGUCAUAAGAAUCACUGUGAUGUCCAUCAUGGGGUACGCAUGGCCUUAUAUGAGAAUUCGCAAAGAAAUAUUGAAGCCUGGGAACUUAUCAGUACAAACAUCAUACGCAAGUACAGUGGACCAGUGGACAUCUGGCUGUCCAUCAUAUGUGCUUUCUGUUACCCAGGAGGUCAAAUGUACUGUUUGCUAAAUGAGUAUCCUCAUAAAAGCUUUCUUGCAAUGGCACAACAUCAGAGCCAAUGGGUUUGGUUUCGGAAGCUGUUUGUGUCUCUCUCCAGUUACACUUACAUGAACACGCUUCGAAAGAUGAGCAUGUAGUUGUUCACUAGGGGCCCCGUCACAUUGAUGGUAGUUUUGACUUCAGGUGCACAUGUGGAGUACAAUAAAAUUAUUUCAACUUCAGAUGGGGUUGAAAUUGUGGACAGGUAGCCCCCAAUGUGCCCUGCUCACAUGUUCACAUGUCAAGUUUCAGUCGAAUUGGAGUUGGCCAUGUAGGAAAACAGAUCAUUGAAAAACUCUCGGACUAGCUAAAGGGCAUACAGACUAUUAUGAGAGAGCAUGGAUAUAUAUGUGAG